AUGGCCACCGCACAGCCCCAGCUUUACAGUUUCCCCAGCACUGAUGCUCUCGCUAAGCAAUUAAGGCCCUACAUCCUUCGAGCCCAAAAUGCCGCCAUCGCCCGCCACGAUACCUUCCGCGUCGCCGUCUCCGGCGGCUCUCUCCCCACCGUGCUGGCGCGCUCUCUGCUUGAGCCCAGCAAUGGUACUACCGAGGAUACCCCACAGUUCGCCAAGUGGGAUAUCUUCUUCGCCGAUGAACGGGCCGUCCCGCUUGACCACGAAGACAGCAACUACAAGCUCCUCAAGGCUGAGCUGCUGACCAAAAUCCCAGCGGAGCUCGGAGCUCCGACUGUCCACCCCAUCGAUGCCGACCAUGUCAACGACGAUGACCCUCAGGAACUGGCCGAUCUCUAUCAGAAGGACCUGAUGCGGUCCUUCGCCGCCAAGGACAGCGUCAAGCUGCCCAUCUUCGACCUCAUCCUCCUGGGUUGCGGUCCCGACGGCCACACCUGCAGUCUGUUCCCUGGCCAUGACCUCUUGCGCGAGAAGGACGCUUGGGUGGCCGCGGAGAGCAAUUCACCCAAGCCUCCUCCUAAGCGUAUUACUCUCACCCUGCCCGUCGUCACCUCCGCCCACGAUAUUGCCUUCGUGGCCACCGGCGCUGGAAAGAAGGAUAUUAUGAAGGCUAUUUUCGACUCGGAGGAGGGCCGCAGCCUUCCUUCUGCUCUGGUGAACCAAGGUGGUGGUGAUAAGGUGAGCUGGUUCACAGACCACCCCGCCAUUGACGGCGUUGCUUUCCCUCGUCGUGGUAGCCUCUAG